GCGGCUUCUGCUUGAUUCGUCCGGCUUGGCCGCAGAGGAAGGGCAGCUGCUUGGGAACACAGAAGCGGCAACUCUAAAAUGCCAAACGUAAUAUAGGUUUUCACAGCUUGUUUUCGGUCACCGACAGAGCGUUCAUCCCCCUUUAAGACGUCAUGUCGGCAAUGCUCCUUUCUGGCAAAAGGUCCCAUGCUUCACUAACCGUUUGGCAAUUCGACAGCAGACGUUUUCCCGCGUGGUCGGCUGUAGAAACACACUGAGCACACAGUCUGCUCGCUAUAUAAUAUACCCAAUAGCAGGAACUGGACACCAAAAACAAGGGUUCACAGACUUGCAACCUGCGGGCGUUCUGUCGUAUUGGGGCCGACUCCCCACAUCAAAGAAAUCAUAUUAACGUUGCUUGUGUCAUGCGCGCUUCUGGAGCAAUUUCUAAAGCCCCAUUCACCCCAGCGCAUGCCACCAAGCCUUUUUUCGCCCCUUUCUUUUUGGAAGGUGACGUCAACGAUUUGUGACGAUAACGCACACUGUGUUCCCGGCUUGACUUGUGUCUGACAAGCGAAACGCACUAUAUCUUGAACGUGAAUCUAAAGCCCCAAUGAGUCAGCUCUUAGCUGGUCCCGACGCAGCUCCGGGGACGGUCUCCCGCGGUUCAGAAACAGCGGCAUUUUGAGGCUUAUCCGCUCACUUGUGGCUUUCUUUAACUUGAUGUCUUUUACUUGCCAAGAUAGCGGAUUCCUCCCCGAUAAGGCGUGGCAAUCCUAGUAGUGACUCUUGUUGGGGAGAGAACUAGGGGCAUCAUGAGCUUGCCGUCGUACUUUCGUCUCUCACGUUUCUCUGGGAUGCGAAAAACAACGCUUUCCCGGAUUUCCUAGUCCUGGGACAGAAGCGGUAAACUUGUGCGUGGGCCCUCCUGUGGCUUCGCUUCAUGACAGAUGUGCUCGGUGUUAGAUUGGAGACUCAAAGUGUCUCCUUUAUGGAAAACCUAACCAAAUUAUAUUGACUAUGACGGCCACUUUCUUUUCCCCGAUCCUCCCCCUCUCCCGCCGUAUCAAAGGUUUGGCUACAGCCACGGGAGGUUGUUCCUUUUUCUGACUUUAGGCGAGCGGUUCUCGCGAAUCUUCAUUGCAGGAAAAUGACAACAUCUCGAAGUCACUCUCCUACCGCCACCAAUGGAGGAAGUCGCCCUAGCGGUCAGGCGGCUGGGCCCCUGGUCGGCAGUGGAGGGGCGCAUACCACAUAUCUGGAUGAACGUGUUGCACGCUUACAAGCGGAAAUCGAGCGUACAACACGGCGCCUUGAGAUGGAAAAACGAAAACUGCAUGACCUGGGGGAGAAUUCGAGGAAGGCGCAGCAUGAGUUCAACGAUAAGCGACUAAGAUACUCGUUUAAUAAAGCGGAUGGCAUCGCAAACGCUCGCAAGGCAGAAAAGAAUCUUACGCAGCUUGAAAACAGACUUGCCCAGGCGCUCGUUAAAUUCAACUCUGCUAAUGAUGAGAUUAACAAAGUGAAGGCGACCAUCGAUAAACACCGAAAAGAUCGCCUGUCUAUGGAAAAGGUUUAUAGACAAGUGUCACGCGAGUUGUCUGACCAGGCGUACCAGUUAAACGAAGUAAAAGAGAAAGUCGCACAGAUGCAAGAAUGGGAACAGCAAACGACGAAACGCAUGGAAGAGUUGACAAAGGUCCAGGACCAAGAGAGAGAAGAAUUCAAAGAAAAGUGCCUUGUGAUGCAGAAGGAACUACGGGAGCAGGAUCGUCUGAUCAAAGAGUUUGACAUCCGCGCACACAGAGAAUCUUCGAACCUCCGGGCGCAGAUGAAGGGAACACCGUAUAAUGUCGCUGAAGAAGAGCAAAAUUUCAACCCAGAGAGUCUCAUGAAGCUCAUCUUGAAAACAGCGCUUCUCAAUGCUGUUCAGCGCCACAGUAUCAAACAACACCGGACAAAAAUUGCAGUUUUUGAGCGGGCUAUGGAAAGUAUCAAAACCUCAACAGGCAUUUCAGACCCCGAAGAGAUCGUAGCCAUUUUCUCUCAGUUGGAGGAGCGCAAUUACAGCAUCAUGACGUACGUGAACAUGCUGAACUUCGAGCUUGAGGCCAUUGAAGCCAAAAAGCGGGAACUGGAGACGCACAUUCAGCAACAGGCUCAGCACGAGGCAUCCGCGCUGCAGGUGACAGAUGCGUCACUGCGUGGCGAGGCUGCUCAGAUCUCGAAAAUGCUGUUUGCGACAGCUGGAAAAAAUGCUCUUGUUCAGCAUCAGCUACACUGUCUCGCCCAGACUCACGAGAUACUCAUGGAAGCAGCAGCCCUCGUGGGCCACGCCUGGAAAGGCCCGCUCAGCUGUGACGAUCCCCCGCCUCCUGGGACAGCGGAGGAAUGCGCUGCCGCUGCCGGAAAGGCGGGAGCCGUAGACUCUCGUGGUCCAGCCCCUUUCACCCCACUUCGAGACUGUCGUAGCAAGGCAUCAGACUGGGCGUCUUCUCAGGAAUUCGGCGGCAGCGAAGGGUCAAAGAGCAUUCUCCCUCUCCUGUGGUACCUUGAGAAGUUUAUUCUUGCGAACCAAGGCAGUCUUUUAGCUGCGGCUCGAUCUGCCACCGAAGAAGCUCCCGACAACGGCGAGUCCCCAACUGGCCUCACCCCCUUUCUCGCCACCGCUCACAGCAGCCACCGUGCUGCAGGAGGUGGCAAGGGUCCGGAAGCUACUUCACUCUCUCCAGAACCUGGUCGUCUGUCUCCGAGAAGCUGCAGCGGCACCCAGGGCUCUGGUGAGGGGAAUCGCAUGGGCUCUGGAGCGCGGAAAACCAUGUGUGUCACGUCCGCGGCUUCACAUCCACAUGAUAGCGGUUGCUCGGCUGUCACUGCAAGUAGCCCGUCUGCUCUGGCUCUCUCCGGCCGGUUCUUAGACUCAGAAAAUACGGGAGGGCCCUCCACACUCUCGGGCUACGGCGGAGACAGCCACAGUGGCAUGGCAGGCUUCAGCGACCUUCGAGAAGACCAUAGAACAGAAAAAGGAACAAAUGACUCGUUGUGUCCCCUCGUAAGUGAGGACGGAACCCGUCGCAGGGGUGCGAAACUGUCCGGACCGCUAAGGGGUACGGGGGACGUGGGAAGCGACCCCGGACUAACAGGCCACUCGCUGUCGCGUGCAGCCAACACGGGAGAUGGUUUACAGCCAGGCGAGACAGGAAAACGAGGGCGGUGCGGGGAAUCGCGUGAAGGGGCCCUGCCAACACAUGGCAACGGAGCAGGAGGCGACAGCGAAGACGACGAUGAGUGGGGGAUAGGGACUGAUAGGCCUGGUGGCGAUGCGUGGAUCGCAGACAGGCCUUUGAGUAUCGGCGAACUACGGGAGCGGACGAUUCAUGUACUGAACAAACAAAGAAAGAAGAGGGGUGAUGGCUCUGGCACUCUGUGUCUCUCCGAGAAAUUGUGUCUGUUGGCCACCCCUGUACUCGAUAAUGCAGCCUACAAAGCCUUGCAGCCGGGCGCCGUUUCUCUUCAAUCGCGUGCCAGCUCGUUUUCGCUGCAGAGUCCAGUCCUUUCGGCAGACGGGGGUAGCUCGAACGGGGGCAGCGUCGGCUUCUUGCAAACACCAGACAACUGCGCCCGUCAAGAUGGACGCCAAGACAGAAGCAACGACGGAGAAGUCAGGGAUGCAGGAAUGUCGGCGGCGCCUUCGACUCCAGGCGGUGGCCCACGAGGGUCUCGUCGCGCGCCACGGAGUGGCAGCACCUACGCCAGCUCCCAGAGAGGUCUGCUUCUCCGUCAUUCGCGAGGAAAGGAGAAAGUGUUUGUGCAGCUGUCCAAGAAGCGAGCCGGCGAACAAGCCACGGGAGCGGCUGAUGGCGUUGCCAGUGAGACUCAGGAAGCCCCACAGAAGCUGGGAGCCUCGGGCGCGACACACGUGCGCAGAAAAACGGAAAUGCCGCGUGAAAACGGAAGCCGAGUCCGCUGCUUCAGAAAACGGGUUUCCGGGCCAACACUGCGUACAAUGCCGUCGAACGUCGAGGAGCGAAGCGGCGAGGCUACUCGAAUGCAGGCGCGCGAACCGGGGACAGCGAGCGCGCUGCAGGAAGACACCGCCGCGGCACGGAUGGUCAACACGCAGGGGGCAUGCGCAGGUUUGGAAGAUGCUAGGGAGGACACAAGAAAGAAGGAAACGCAGAGAGAGGACAAGGAGAUGGAAGGAAAAGAAAACGGAACGCGAGGCGAAGGAAGUUUGUCUCCGUUCGAAAGAGAAGACGAAGAAGAACAGCAGCAACGGGACUUAGACGGGAAGUCAGAUGCGAAUGCGUCAGGCGGAGGAGCUGCGGAUCACGAACUGGAAGGAAAAGGAGAUGAAGAAAGAGAUGAAGCAUCUUUGCGCACUAUUUUUGGUUGUUCACGAGAGGAAGCAGUGAUGCUGUGCGUGACCGAUGGACACAACAACGAAGGCAAUGGCACACUGGACAGCAGAUAUGCAAGAGAAAGUCUUGGGGACAGUUCAGAAGUCCAGGACGGAGGCAUUCACGAUGUCAACUCGGAGAAGGGAUACGAAAGAGAAGAAAGGACUGCACUCGAAGACGACGCGGAACCGUCUGAGAGUGUGAGCCGAGGACAGACGGGACGCACAAGUGAAAAGAAGCGUGCAAGUGGGGAGAGUGCGUCUGACGAAAAAGACCAUGAACCACAGACUGAGAUGCCGUUGAUGCCGGCAGCCUCUGGAACAGAAGAACACGCUUCUUCCGACGUUUCGCCGAAGGAAUUGCGAAACGCUCCUGGUCGUACCCCCGAGGCUUCAGCAGAGAAGCUUCCAGAUCUCUUUGACCCCACCCAGAGCCUGAUCCAAGAAUGCGGGGACAGUCCAACUGACAACCCCUAUCAGGAGGCAGACCCCCGCGACAGAGCGCCCCCAGAUGACUCGCCACACGCGCCUGAGGCUUCAAGAUUGCAGCAACUUUCUCCAACUCCAGUAGAAGAAACACCGACCGCAGCGGACUUGCAGCUGUUGUGGCCUUCCUCGGCACAUGCAAACCGUGGAGAAGAAAUCGACGGAAACUCUAUCGGGUCUUCUCAGCAGACUCCUCUCCCUCCAUCUCCGCGAUCUACACCGCUCCCAGAGAUUCCAUUCUCCUCAGACGUUGACGAGGCCGGGGAACCCUGUGUAGAAGCCGGGUUUGAAAGAAGCUCCGAAAGUCAUCUGAGCGAAACAAACGCUGUAUCUGAGAGCGUCGAAGCUUCAGUGCACGCCUACGCUUCUAGGGAUGCUUUGUCGCCGUCCCUUCUCGAUCAAACGUCAGAGGAGUCACGGACAAACGAGAAAUGUUCGGUCCCCGCAGAGGCGACAAAGUUGCCAGAUGCUUCUGCACGAAGGGGUGAAAGUCGCCCAGUGACCCCAACAGCGUGGCAUCCAGGCGUGUGGCCACCCGAUCUCGUGCAGUGCGGCGACCGGAGCCGGGUCAGCAGUGCCGGAGCGUCUGCCCUCAAUUCCUACGGGGGUGAAGAUGAGGUGGCAAAAAUACACCAUUUGUCUGAGAACCUCGCUCUCUGUUCGAGCAGUCACGGUGACAUCUCUGAUCUCCGGGCUUUCGUUCCUCGAGCCCUGGAGGUUGAUAUCCCGGUGACGGAUCAGGAGGAAGUUAACAAAGUGGGCACAUCCGCGAACAGGCAUCGAGAUGGCGAUAGAAGAGAGAAGAGUCCCCAAAAGCCCAGCGACGUUAAAAACGAAACGGAGGCCGCAUACACGACACGUGCCGUAGAAGAAGAGCCAGGAAGGCGCCUCGAAGAAUCUCCGAAAAGAUACGACAUAGAAAUACCGGUUGCAGGGUUCCCACGGGCCUCCGAAAGAUUCCAGAGCGAGGUGUUGGAACGACCCAUGCCUCCAUUAAGACCUCCGUUCUCAGCAGGAUCAAGAGGGCCCUUCGAGUCUCCAAGUUUCCCCACCGCUUCCCGUCUUGAUGUCCAAAGGCCUUCCUCCAGUCCGUCUCCUGGAUUCGCUCCUGCUCGAAGGCCGCCCAACUUGGGCUUCCUCCCACUGCCUCCAAGAGCAAUCAGGACUCCGAAUCCCAGACCGCUAAACCUCCCUCAGCGGCUGCAAAAGGCCCGAGACACGGGCAGAGAAGGCUAUCCGCAGGCAAACCAAUCAGAGGCCACCCUUCUGUCUCUCGAAGAGACGAAAAUUGACACGUUGGCUGCGAGGGUGCCUGACGAGACGGUUGCCCCUCUCGCAGCGUUCUCACUUACGUUGUCACAUUCCCGAGAGACAUCAGAAGCUGAGGUAGACAGAAAGCGCGACGUCGAUAUCCCACCAGAAAGCCGCGCUGAAUCUCGGAAUAGCGAAGGCGGAUCUGUCGCUGUGCGGAUCUCGGAGGGAGAUGCGACUGAGCAGGGAAUCGAUCCAGAGGCAGGAAGCCCGUUCUCCUGUGCAGAAGGCCAAGGCUCUGUCGCCCAUCCCGCCUCAGUGAGGCUUUCACCUUUUCCACUCUCACACGGAGACGCAGCCGAGGAAACGGCAAAGCACCCAGUCUUCCACGAAGAGACGCCGUCUGAGACGAGAUCGCCAGAGCCGUGUGGUUGCGGCAGCGUGGACACCAGAGAAGAAAAGGAAAAAAGGACUCUGAAAGAAACAGACGAGUGGACAACAGGAAACGCAGACGAGGGCAGUCGUUCAUUGGCGAGCAGGUCCAGAGACGAACAAGGCAGUGAAAGCACACAGAGUCGGGGGAGAAUAAGGCGAGGAAAUGAAGACCCACUAACCCUACAUGGAGAGCGAGAGGCCGCGGAGAAAGAGACGCGUGUUCAGCGCGCGCGCGCGACUCCUGAUUCUUCUCCCUGCACGUCACCGACGCCUUCUCCUGCCGCCGAUCAGCAUGAUCUCUCACUCAAUACACUUGAGUCUUCUAUUCCGGGUGCAGGCUCUCCGGAAACGUGCUUGGGCGGGCAGUGGUCCUCAGACUCCACCGGUCCCAAAACGCCUUCUGUCCCGGGACCUGCAGAAAUAUCUGAUUCAACAUCUGUGUUGGGUCAUCUGUCUCAACCUUUUGCAGAGCCUUCCCGAAGCGCAACAUGGGACAACCAGUUCAGCCGGGGGACGAGGAAGCUGCAGAUGCAAGGCGGCUGCUUCCCACCUCCUACGGAGCAUAUCCGCCUUCUUCAUCUGCCACUGUGUUCCCGCCACGAUUCUGGAAGAGGCAGCCCAGGAAAGGGAGGUCACAAUCGAGCUGACAUCGAGAACGAAUGCGACGAGGGAAGCGUUGGGGGGAAUCGUGCGUCUGAGUGUGCACGACAGAAAACACAUCAAGCCCGCGGCAGUGACAGUGAGCAGAACUCCGCUGAUGCACCUCAGAAGGAGGGUCUGAGUUCCUUCUUUCACUUCCCUAACGAUUUGCCUGUCCCGCACUACCACACACCCCCUGGGACACCCCCCAACCGUUCCAGACCCACAAGCGCACUUGGUGAAAGAGACAGAGAACCAGGCCACGAGGAGACAGUUGUUGCGGAGACUGUCUUUGACGGCAGAAGGAUCACGGCCAAGGUCAGUCGCGUGCACGUACAGAGAACGCACAGCGAUGACAAAAGCGCGGCAGAAGUGACAGAUGGAAAAGCCGAAGUGCGAGCAGAGAUAACUCCACAGGAGGGCUUCGACGAGGAAAAUGACGAAACGCAGGAGCGUCACGUAGAAGCGGCAACAGAAGAGGUCGGCCCAGUGACAGAAGAAGAACUACUGAAAGCCGCCACAAGUAUCUGACUGGGAAGCAAACGGAAUACGUUAGAUGAAGUGACUGUCGGAGAGAGAGGGAAGUGAGAGCAAAGUGAUAUGCUUCCGCUAUGCGGCGCAUGUUAAUAGCCUCGUUGAUUUGCUCGCUGUGACAGAGUGAUCUUCCUCAAGGACAUGGUGGCUCUUUUUCUGGAGGUCUCUGCAUGAUUCGAGCGAGGGACAGAAAUUCAGCAUAUUUCAGGUAUACCCCGGGGAGUUUGUGAUACGCAGGCGAGGCAACAGGACAUACGCAAGCAGCUUCAAUAUGACAACCGGAGGAAUCAGAGAUAUUCUUCGUUAUCUUUGCCUUCUCGCUGCUAUGAGGCUUGUGCUCUUGCUCCUGACAAGGCCGACAGAACAAGCAAGCGAACUCGCGAACAGAAAUCAUGCCACCCACGCAAGCCCUGUAUAUACGCAGAAAGGAAAAAAAGCUGUUCCGCGAAAAUAACAUAAACGUAACAGUAAAAGGCAG